AUGAAAACGAAGAAAAGGAAAACGCUUGAGCCCCGGAACCUUCCUUCCCUCCAGUCGCUGCUCCUCUUCCACGUCCUCCCCGCCCGCCUCCACGCCGCCUCCUUCCUCUCCCGACGCCACCACCCCACGCUCGCCGGCGAGCCGCUGGAGCUCGGGCCCGCCGUGUCCCGCGCCGUGACGCGGCCCGACGCGGUAGUGCGCGCGGACGGCGUCAUCCACGGCGUGGACCGCCUCCUGGUCCCGCGCUCCGUCCAGGACGCCUUCAACCGCCGCCGCAGCCUCGCGUCGUCCAUCUCCGUCGCGCUCCCCACGGGCGCCCCCGAGGUGGACCCGCGCACGCACCGCCUCCUCAAAAAACCCGCCCCGCCGCUGGGUGCCCCGCCGGCGCUCCCUGUCUGGGACGCGAUGGCACCCGGCCCAUCCAUCGCGCCGGCGCCGGCGCCGGGUCCAGGCACCGGGACGCACCGCUUCGACGGGCACGGGCAGGUGAAGGACUUCAUCCAGACCCUCCUCCUCUACGGCGGGUACAACGAGCUGGCCGACAUCCUCGUGAACCUCACCUCGCUCGCCACCGAGAUGGGCCGCCUCGUCUCCGAGGGCUACGUCCUCACCGUGCUGGCCCCCAACGACGAGGCCAUGGCGCGGCUCACCACGGACCAGCUCAGCGAGCCGGGGUCGCCGGAGUCCACGAUGGCGCCGCCGGACCCCGCGGCGUUGGCCGCGAACGCCCGCGCCGGGAGCCGCACCGCCUUCCCGCCCACUGUCACGCCCGACAGCGCCAGGUAG